CGAUGACCUCUCCGAGUCGCCAAGCACCCAUCCUCUCCUUCUUUGCACGCCUCGCCCUCCCGUCUGUACGCACGCUUUCUGACGACGCCCCCGCUCGCUCUCUGCUCCUGCACGCACGCGUGUUCCCAGCACGACCCAUAAACAUCACGAACGUCCUGGCCACGCUCGCACCAUACCAGACCGCAGCACUUCACGACCCAUCACCAUUGCACACCACGUCCGCCUCCACCUCCUUCCAGCCCGCCUUCGCAGCCCAGCAGCCCUCCCCGUGCGCCCUCCAUAUAGCCAUCGCCGUGGCAGGCACACAUGCACCCGAGCCCGAGGAGCAGACCGCCCACCCCCUGCGCUCGCGCGGGCAGCACGGGCAGCUUGCGGACGCGGAGGAGGAUCCCUCGCACAGCGAGCAUGGCUCGGACGACGCGCACGCCGCCGCUGCGCCGUCCGAGUCGAUCGCCGACGCGAUGACCCACGGGCCCGGCCCACACGGCGGCCUCACGCGGUCGCUCACACACAAGGAGCGCAAACUCAUCAACCAGCUCGACCGCCUCAGGUUUCUCCUCGUCACCGUGCCCUCGCGCUGGUCUGGCAAUGACCCGUCUUCCGCUGCGGCUGCUGCCGCGGGCCUCCUGCCGAACUCGGACUACGUGAGUUGAGUACUCUGGGACGGCCUCCACCAUAUCACUGGUGUCGUGCGCGCGCUCGUGUUCCAGUUCGAGGCGUUUGGCCGGCCGGUGCGAAAUACGAAGAAGUUUGAGGUGAGUUGCUUACACGCAUUAUUCUUCGCCCACCCACUUGCGUGCACGAUCGCACGGAUGCCCGCGCAAUCGUGCAUCUGCCCGCUCGGACGCAUGUUUGUACGCUUGGUACCCGCCCGCUCACUCACCCACUGAUCGACUCAACCGCGAACCCACUUGUGGACCCACGAACCCGCGUUACCCGCACGCAACCCGUACUCGCUGCGGCAAAUCUGUACCCGGGCGGGUGCGCUUAUUAGUAGUACA